AUCUUCUCUCUCCCUUAAUUUCAAGAAAUGGAAGCCAAAGCAAGUGUUUUUGCAAAGCACUUCAUCUCAAAAAUUUGUAGGCUCUAACAAUUAAUCAAAAAAAAAAUUUCAAGAUUAAUGGAUUUUUUCGACGGUUUUGAUGGGAUUCAAGGGAGCUACAUGGGGUUCGAAGGCGUGGUGAGGAAUCUCGGAGCUUCCCCGUCUUCGUCUUCUUCUUCCAUGUUGCUUCUGAAUAGCGAGACGGGAGAGCUCACGAUGAAUCCGAGACAGAAGAUGGGAGACGCGGAUAAGGCUUUGAUUGCUUUGAGGAAUCACAGCGAUGCCGAGAGGCGGAGAAGGGAGAGGAUCAAUGCUCAUUUGGCUACCCUUAGAACCCUAACUCCUGGGACUGCAAAGAUGGACAAAGCUGGCCUACUAGGUGAAGUCAUCAGUCGAGUGAAGCUACUAAAGGAGACUGCAGCCGAGGCCACCAAAGGCACGGUGGUGCCGACCGAUGUCGAUGAAGUGACCGUGGAAGAAGAGGAGGAUCCCAACGACGCCGCCUCAACUUCCAUCCGAGCUUCCCUAUGUUGCGAUUUCAAGCACGAGCUUCUCUCCGAUUUGAGAGAAGCCGUGGAGGCUCUCCCCCACAGCCCCGUGAGGGCCGAGAUUUCCACCUUGGGGACGAGAAUGCUAGGCGUGUUCGUGAUCUCGGGACUAAAAGGCCAGGUCCAGCCCCUUGUUGAUUCGAUUCGUCAGGCUUUCCGUUCUGUGCUAGAAAAAUUCUAUGCUUCGGAGGAGUUCUCAUCGAGAAAUAGCUCGAGCAAGAGGCGAAGAGUGUCGUCGCUCUUCGCCUCUUCGAGCUCGUAAGUGGGAUUUGUUUGGAUGAAUUUGAUGAUGGCAUAUGGGUUGGCAUACAUAUUUUUAAUCUAGUUUGUUGUACAAAAGGGAUGUGCAUGCCUUGUCAUAUGCCUUCUUCCUCUUUGUUUUAUUUCAUGAUUUAUGCUUUGUAUAUUUGAAAUAAUGUAAACACUUUGUUGUUCCCUUCAUUACAAAUUGUCAAAAUCGAUCUUCUUUCCUUUAUAUUGAAUUCCCACUUAAUGUGGUAACAACUUUUCAAA